AUGCUAAGGACAUUGAAUGCAGACAAAAUAUUUUUUAUGUCCUUGAAUUCGGAAGACUUGACGGAAAUAAACGAUGCUUUUGUUGGGGAAAUUCUGGGCGACAUAGAGGAGGAAGAAACGUGUGCGCGACCAACAGAAGAAAUUCUCGAUUCACCAGACGUGAGCGCAACCGCGAAUUCGUCAUCAGAGGACAGUAUUGUGUAUGACAUUGACGAUAAUAACAACCGCGUAAGUGUCGAGACGUCAACCAACUGCCUUGUGAUGAAGAAGACGAUUCGGACUAAUCCUGACGGUUCCGAGAAGAUUAAUCGCGGAUAUCAAUUUAUCUACUCAGAGAACAUAAAUCCAGAGGAAGUAGACUUUCGUGAUCUUGCCGAGGAGAUUCUGGAUGAGGCUCCGCGACACCUAGCGCCGAGUGCCCGUGUGCGGAUAGUCAAGGGAGAUUUGUCCUUGUGA